AUGUCUUACACGGGAGCCCUUUAUUGGCAAUCCCACUUCGCCCAAUGUACAGCUGAAGAUAUGCUGGACACCGCAGAAGCCAGUACAGAUUUCUUCGCAGAUCCUUGUCUCAAUUUCCCAGAUCUCGGCCUUGAUGUUGACUUUGAUGCCCAUCUGUACCGAGACACUCUGACGCCAGCCUCUUCUUUUCUGAUCGACGCCCCACCUGGCAUCUCCCCUCCCUUCUCGUCUGAUUCUGGACCUCACACAUUUGAUGACUUCACCGAGUCAACGCUGGAUUGCCCUGUGAUCGACAAUCAUUUCAACCGUAUCCCCACUGGGCCAUUUCCAACCCCACCUCCCCCCUCCGCAGCUACUUCCUGCUAUGCACAACGACGCCCUUCAUGCAUAAUAACUGCAACAAAAUCCCUACGCUCACUUCAUGUUCAGCAAAACGCUUGCUACUCUCGUCAGAGCAAUGUCAGUCACAACAGUCAUGACCAUGGCCCUGAACAACCCCGCAUGUCCGGGUCAGUUCUGAAAUGCAACAAAGAUGCCGGCAUGUCAGUAUGCCGUAUGCUUCAAUGUACAUGUUCCUUUCAUCCGCAGAACCAAUUGAUGAUUGCAAUCAUCUGCUCCAAGUUGAUCGCGUGGUAUCGCGCAAUGAUCCAGACCUGCUUCAAGAACCAGCAGGGGCUCAAUGAGACGCAGGAGGACACGUCCCUGGAGAAGGUCAUUCACCAGCCCGUUACAAUUGGAGAUCAUUCGGUCGAUGACCAGGGGCUGGGGUUGACCAUUCAAGCUCAGGUUACGUUGCGUGAACUGCAUCAUAUGCAGCGUCUGGUCGAGACCCUUUCAACUCGGAUGCAGGGGACAGCAACCCCAGCCCCAAUUUCCGGGUCGAUCCCGAAGGCUGGAACACGGCCCCAGUUUUCUAAGAUUCCAGAAGCUGCACAUGGUCAGCUGCUGGCCCACUUGAUGAGGCAGGUUCAUGCAGCCAAGGCUGAUCUUCUUGCUGUCUCUCAAGUACUAUAG